GGACCCAGCUAGUGUGUCCCAGAUUUCUGAGCGGUGCUGUGCACAUUGGCCAGGGCUGGACAAACUUAGCAGAGAUGCAAAAUCCUGGUUGGAAAGAGCCUGGCUGUGUUCUCCUGUGCACCUCCCCAUCUCUCCACAGCUUGUCCCGGGCUGGCACUGCUGGUCUGGAGGAGCUUUCAGAGGUUCUGGUUCCUUGCACAACAAGGCAGCUGCUUUGCGGCACAAUGACCUGUUGAAGAGGUGGUUAGGUGAUGACCGAGCUGGCUUUCCUCAGGCCUUCAACUUCCCACACGAGUUGCUUUACAAACCAGAAACCGACAAAUCUGUAACUAUGAUGCGAAGAUUCCUGAAGAGCCAGAAGGGCAGAUUCUCCCUCCGCCAGAGCCGAUCGGGCUCCCGCAGCGCCUCAAAGGACUUCUACCCAAAUCCUCAAGUGCUGAGGGACUUCCCCUUAAACAUUGAGCUGACCCUGCCGAUGAGUAACCAGGGCUGGCCUGAAGACUUUGGCUUUAAACUGGGAGGUGAUGGGCCCAGCUACAUCCUCUCUGUUGUGGAGGGCAGCAGUGCUUAUAUGGCUGGCCUACAGCCUGGCGAUCAGGUGCUGGAGAUCGAUGGACAGAACGUCUCAUCCCUCAGCACCAAAGCUCUCAUCGCCUUGGCAAAGACCCUCAAGACUGUCCCACCCAGCAUUGGGGUGGUGUCCCGCAUUGAACAGAUGGACAUUGCCCCGGGGCCCGAUGGCCGCUUUGGCUUCACUAUUGUCGGGGACUCCCCCCUGCUGGUGGAGGACUGCCUGCACAACUCGCCUGCGGGCCGCAGCGGUCUCCGCGCUGGCGACUACGUGCUGGAGGUGAACGGCAUUCCAGUGAAGCAGCACGAGACGGCAGCGGCCAUGAUCAAGGCAUCGCAGGGGCGCACGCUGCGGCUGGGUGUGCUGCGGAUGAACCGCUGGCAGAAACGCAUCAGCUGCAGCAUGAAGGAGACAUACCAGAGUGGAGACAUGGUGCGGCAGGACCGCAAGCACAAAGCGCUCGAGUUCAACAAGAAGGUAGAGGAGAUUUUGGGGGAGGAGCCAGUAGUGAAAGAGAGGCUUUUUGACCUGCUGAAGCAGUAUGCUUCAGAGAGGGAUGUGGAAGGCCUGGCUUCCACCCUUCCUGAGAUACUGAUCAACGAAGAACAUCAGCAGCUGAUUGACAGCAUCAGGAUCUUCAUCCCCAAGAAGCACCGGCAGCGCUUCGACGAGGUGGUCUCGCAGAGCCUUGUGAGCCGACUGAGGGGGCGGAGCUUCAGCGAACACCGCAACAGCGGCCUCCGUCGCAGCCGCAGCGAGGACCACCCUGAGCGGCUGCUGGUGUCCACACGUGCCAGUUCCGUGCCCCGUGCUGCCAACGAGGAUGCAGGUGCCAUGCCCCCUGCACGUGGUCUCCGCAAGACCACCUCGCUCAUCGCCGGACACACUGCUGCUGUCACCAACCGCAGGACAGUGCGGGUAUACAAAGGGAACCAGAGUUUUGGCUUCACAUUGCGUGGUCAUGCUCCUGUUUGGAUUGACUCCGUCAUCCCAGGUAGCCCAGCUGAGAAAGCAGGCCUCAAACCUGGAGAUCGUAUCCUAUUUCUCAAUGGGCUGGACAUGAGGAGCUGCUCCCACGAGAAGGUGGUGACCAUGCUGCAGGGCAGUGGUGCCAUGCCCUCUCUGGUGGUGGAGGACGGGCCACCAGGCUUGACGCUGGCCGAGCCCGAGGCGCCAGAAGCAUCACCACGCUCGCGCUCACCCGCCCUUACCUCACUGCAGUGGGUGGCUGAGAUCCUGCCACCCAGCAUUCGUGUGCAGGGCCGCACAUUCAGCCAGCAGCUGGAGCACCUGCUCACUCUGCAUGAGAGGUAUACAGUCUGCAAGGCUCUGGAGGCCUUCUUCCAGCACAGGAAUGUGGAUACUCUGAUCGUAGAUGUCUUCCCAGUGUUGGAUACUCCAGCUAAGCAGGUGAUCUGGCAGUUUAUUUACCAGCUGCUCACUUAUGAAGAGCAGGAGCACUGCCAGAACAAGAUCUCACGCUUCCUCGGCUACAAAGUCACAUUGCCAGUGCCAGAGCCAGAGCCACCGGCCCCAGAGCCCCAUCGACGCAGUAGCUCAAUGAAAGUGACAGGCACCACCUACAGGAGCAGUGUGAGAGGACGCAGCUCAGACGACCUGGUCAUUGGCACCCACCUGGGAAUGGGGAUCCGUACGGAGCCAGUGGAUGUGGCUCCUAUGAGACUGACCCCUGGGGAAAGACAGUCUGGAGAUGGGACCUCUCUCCCCGAGACGCCCAACAACCUCACUAAUCUUUCUGCAGUGUAUGCUGAGCUAGAAAAUGUGCAUGGGGGAAAGAGAUCCAAAUCCCUGAAGAGCCGUCCUCCUCCGGCCCCUGAAACCCUGCUGGAUGCCUUCCCCCACUCGUCCAGCCAGUCCGUCAGAGUGCAUUCCUCCUCUUCUUCUGUACGAGUUAUGUCAGGGAGUCGUAAGGCCAUAUCGGUACCCCCUCCUCCCCCGCCCCCGCCCCCGCCCCCCCAGCCCACAACCUGGCCUGAGCCCCUGCCCAGUCCGCCAUGCCUCUGCUACCCACCAGAUCCCCCGUCCCAGGACAGCACUGAGUCUAAUCCCUAUGUUAGCCUGGACAGCCCCCCACUCUCCCCACCCUCACCCCCUGACUACCCACCCAGUCCCCCGGACUACAUGCAUAGUCCUCCAAUUCGUAAGAAGCGCUACACGUUCUCGCGUCCACCUCGCAGCGCUGACACGGACCUGUUCAUGGAGGCCCUCACUGAGCAGCUUAGUCAGCAGCUGUCUGUGGAUGACUUCCUGUCUCCAGAGAAUGACUAUGAGGAGGAUGUGGUCCAGAUGACCCUCCAGGAUGAGGAGGAUGAGGACGUGGAGGAGGAAGAUGAUGAGGAAGAUGAAGGCCCCUAUAUCCCCCCCGAGCUCAGCAGUGCUAGUGAGGUGCACAGUAGUAGUGAGGAUGCCAGCUCCCUUACCUAUUCUUCCAGCUCUGAGCACAUACCGCCUCCACCCCUCACCCCCCCUCCCCCACCACCAGUUCAGUUUAAUGAUCCCCCUGUUCCUGGCAGCUUCACCCCUGACAACAUGUCCCGACAGCUCACCUUCCGCCGCCACCCAGGACCUCCACCUCCACCCCCACCUAGGGCCAACCCUCCACCAAAGCGACAAUCUAUCCACAAGGUGCUCCCUACUCGAGAAGAGCUGAUUGCUCACCAGGUUCUUCAGGAGCACCACUCUCUACCGGCUCAGCCCACAGUCCACCCCCAGCACCCUCUGCAGCAGAUGCACCAGUCCCUACCCCCACUUCCCUCCCCUGACCUGUCUCCUUCAUCCAUCCCACGCCAUGCCAUCUACCAAAUGCACCACCAGGCUCAUCAAAGUCAGCAAGGCUAUCAGAUCCAUCAGAGUCAUCAGGUCCGACAGAGUCAACAAAUGCAGCACAGUCAUCAGGUUCAUCAGACUCAAUCACCUCAACCAAGCCACCAAAUGCAUCAGAACCACCAGGCACAUCAUUCUCACCAGACACAGCUCUCCAGUUCCAUGGACAGGCUCGACAGAAUUGAGCGUAUAGAGAGGUCUGAUAGACAUGUUUAUGAUAUUCAUCAGCCUCCCCCUAUGCACCCAGGUCAACAGGUUUCCCAUGUUCAUCAUCAAAGCCAUCAAGCUCACCUUUCUAGCUCCAUGGACAGAUUGGACAGACUGGAGAGGAUGGAAUGCUUAGAACGAAUGGAGAGGAUAGAAAAGAUGGAGAGAGCUGACAGGCAGGUACAUCACGUUGACCUGUCUCAGCCAACCGCUCAUGCCCUUCACCAAGCACAACAGCUCCAUCCAGGUCAUCAGCCCAUGUCUAUCCAUCCCAGUCUGCAGAGCCACCAAAUCCAUCAGGGUCACCACAUCUAUCCACCAGCCCAACCUGCUCCACCCUCUCACCAAACUCAUCACAUCCAUCAAAUCCACCAUAUCCAUCAGACACAGCCUGUGCAGUCUACGCCUCAGUACCAUCUUAUCCACCAACCCCAACAGCCCUAUCAGACCCAGAUCCUCUCCACCUUCCAGCCCCAGCCUCCAUCCCAACCUCCACCCCAACAGCACCAACAGCCCCAAAAGCAAACACAUUAUCAUCAGCAGCAGCACCAACCGUAUCAACAGCAGCAGCCGCAGCCACACCAAACCCACCAGUCCCACGCUCCCACUCAAGCCAGGCAGAGCCCUCACCCAAUGCACCACCAGCACCACCAUGAACCUCAACUUCAACCACAGAUUCUUCCCCAGCCUCACCUUCAGGAGGGCUCCACCAUGGAGCCCCCUCCACCUCCACCGUUACCUCCUCCCUGUGUUCCACCCCCUCUACCGCGGUCCUCACCACAGAAAUCAGACUCCAGCCAUAUGAGUGUGAAAAGACUGCGCUGGGAGCAGGUGGAAAACUCUGAAGGAACUAUCUGGGGACAGCUUGGAGAGGAUUCUGAUUAUGACAAGCUAAGUGACAUGGUGAAAUACCUGGACCUGGAAUUGCAUUUUGGCACACAAAAGGGUCCCAUCUCUAUUCCAGAACCCACACCUCAACCUGAGACGUUCAAAAAGAAAGAUAUUGUUGAGAUUCUUUCCCAUAAAAAAGCCUACAAUGCCUCCAUCUUGAUUGCCCAUCUGAAGCUGUCUCCGGGUGAGCUGCGUCAUGUGCUCAUGACAAUGUCGACUGAUCGCCUGGAGCCAGCGCACAUCAAACAGCUGCUGCUGUACGCACCUGACGACGAGGAGGUGAAGCAAUAUGAGCAGUACAUGGACAACCCCAGCAAGCUCAGUGAUCCUGAUCAGUUUGUCCUGCAGAUGCUGUCGGUGCCUGAGUAUAAGACCCGUCUGAAAAGCCUGCAUUUUAAGUGCACACUGCAGGAGAAAACAGAGGAGAUGAGAGGAGGCUACGAUUUUGUCUACAAGGCUUCUUUGGAGCUCAAGAACAGUAAGAAGCUGGCAAAAAUUCUGGAGUUUGUCCUUGCCAUGGGGAAUUACUUAAACAAUGGCCAGCCCAAGGGAAGUAAGACCACUGGCUUCAAAAUAAAUUUCCUCACUGAACUUGCCACUACCAAAACAGUGGAUGGCAAAUCAACUUUCCUGCAUAUCCUGGUCAAAUCAUUGUGCCAACACUUUCCUGAGGUCCUGGACUUUGCCAAAGAGCUCAAAACUGUACCACUCGCUGCCAAAGUGAAUCAGAGGAACAUCACAUCAGAUCUGAAUGACCUGCACUCCAUCAUCCAGGAUAUUCGCUCAGCCUGUCUCAAGAUGCCAGCCACUGCUGAGGACCGCUUCGCUGUUGUUAUGAGUGGCUUCCUGGAGAACAGCCACCCAGCAGUGCAGUCUCUGGAGUCUCUCCAGCAGAGAGCCAUGGAGGAGUUCUGUAAGGUGGCCUCCUUCUUUGGUGAGGACGGCAAGGCUACCACCACAGAGGCUUUCUUCGGCAUCUUUGCCGAGUUCAUCGCCAAGUUUGACAGAGCUUUAAUGGAUAACCAGGCCACAGAGAAUCCUCCAAGAAGCCCGCGCAGUCCCCGCAUGGCGUCUCCUCUGGCAUGGUGAAGAGACAUACACACACAACACACAAAUGCACAUAUUCAUACAUACAUUAUAAAAACACACUGUAUUUUAAUUCUACAUUUAUAUAACACACACAUACAGGCAAGCACACACACAGUGGCAAAACUGUUGAUAUACACUGACUCCACUGUAGCCAAAAUGACUUCACAUCUUAUUCUUUGGUUCUAUGGCAUAGGCUACACGGAGUUAUUUAAUUUUUUUAAGUCAGUUUACAGGUUUCCACUUUGAUCAGACUAAACAAAUGAAUUGAAGGCCUAUAGCUGAUGAUAGAACAUAGUGCUGCUUUUUGCUUGUGGCACUUACAAACCACGGCCAUUUUUAAAUGAAAAGAGGGUAUGUAGCACCAGAAUACCAAACAACUUAUCCGUGUUCUAAUGUACAUAUACAUUAUACAGAUAUAGUAUUGAAUAAGUUGUGAAACGCAAAAAUGUGAACAGAACUGUGAAAGAAAUGAAACAAAGAUUAAAAACUUGUGGAAAAUGCAUUGGUAUAGAUUUAAAUAUAGAUUAUUUUGUGUUCAGAAUGCCUGAGGUCUUUGUUCAAGAGAUUUAACUGAUUCUCAUAGAAUGUUCUUACAGAGGGCACUUCGGAUAUAACAUAUUGUGUUUAUUAUAGGGAUAUACUGUUGAUUUAUGAUUAUGCUAAUGUCUUAACUAAUAGAGUGAUUCCUCAUAUGCCAGAUGAUUAGAUGCAAUAUGAUAUGAAAUAAUAUUAUAAGAGGUUAUAGUUUGCAUAGAUCUAUUGUAGUAGCACAGCUGUGAUCAUGAGAAGAGUAGAUGACAUAUUUCUGUACUGCUUUGCUUUGUUUCUUUUUUUUCUCAAUCAGUAUCCAUAAUAAUCAAAUAAAAAGGAUGUGAUUUUACACAGAAGUGUAAAUAUUUGUUGGUUUUCUAUGGUUGUUGGUAAUGGUUUUCUAAGGUUGGUAGUGAGGAAUGCCACUUCUGCCCUGCUUUCUGCAUUAACAUACUGAGACUGUGAUAAUUUUUUAAUCAUCAUAUGUUGCUUUAAAUGUUAAAGGCAAUGAAUUAUUAUAAUAAAUGUUUUAUGUUCCCUUAAUACUUUUACAUUGAUGGAACAUACAAGAUGGGAAAAGCAAAUGUAGCUUUAUUUAUUUGAAAAGUACUUUCUUGUGUAUAUUUUGCAUUCAUUUGUUAUUAUUUAUCAUAUUUUAUUCUUUUUAUUAUUAUUGUUUAUUAUUUCAAGUGUUCCAUAUGGGAAAAUAUUUUUAUUUAGUGUACUAAUAUAAUGUGGUUAAAACUGAUUUACUUUUUUUGUUUAAAUGUUUGAAUUUUUCAUAAUGAAAAAUAUGUAUGGUUUCUAUGUAUUAUAAUUAUCAUAAUUGUUUAAAUUCAGAUUUAAGAGGCCUGGGGAGUUUGCAAUGUAAUCAUAAAGUUAUAUAAUCACAGGUUUACCAAUAUUUAAAAAUACAAUUGUGAAACCUUAUAUUAAUUAACAAUAUCUUACUUGUUUCUCAAACAAAACCAAAAAAAAAAAAAAAGCCCUGUUAACAUAUACUAUUCCCUAUCAUAUAAAGUAUAAAUUUUGUUGUGCUUUACAUUUAAAAACUUUUUAUUUUUUUGGGGGGGGGGUUUAUUCCUAUCUUGACACUGUUUUCUUUGUGAUCUGAGUUUGGCACCCACAUUGCCAUGGUCCUUGGACCUUUCUUAAUGUUUAUAAUCCUGAACUGUGUUCAGUUUUAUUCCACAGCUGGCAAUUAUGAAUGUACUGUAAUACCAUGCGCUUGGAUGCAAUUCUUCAAUAUGCAUGUUCUUCAGUUAAGUAAUACUCUCAGAGCACCUCCAGUACACAUUGUAUGCCACUCAUUUGAGAGACUUAAGUUAUUGCAAUUUAUUUCAUGUUUUCUUUGCUUUACGCCAACAUGUUUUCUUAUAAUGUUGUCGCUCUACUCUGUAACUGUGGAUAAAUGUUGUUGCAACAUCACUCUGUUAACGUUUUGGUAAUAAAAUCUCCUUACAUUUUAACCAGCA